AUGUCCAGCAUCGACUCGUUGCGGGCCCGCCGCCGCGAGGACUAUUACUUCAUUCUGGAGUACCGCACCAGGUGGUCGGAUAAUGACCAAUACGCACACAUGAACAAUUCUGUCUACAAUUUCCUCUACGACUCGGUGGUCAACACCUAUCUCAUCCAACAUUGUGGCCUGCGCCCGCAAGAUGGGGGCCAGUAUGGGCUGGUCGUUCGCUCCCACAACGACUACUUCAGCUCGAUCGCUUUCCCAGCUGUCGCAGAACUAGCCCUCCGUGUCAACAAGCUCGGCAAGUCGUCAGUCACCUAUGAGGUCGCGCUAUUCGAGCAGGGAAGCGACGGGGUGAAGAGUGUUGGGGAAUUCGUCCAUGUCUUCGUCGACCGAGCUACAGGACGGCCGAACGCCAACGGAAUGGACAGUACGAUGAAGCGAGGUCUGGAACGUAUCCUUGUCGGAGGGCAGCAAGCCAAGCUGUGA